AUAGUGGAGCUGGAUUCAAAAGAAUGUACUGAAAGUGAAACUGACUAAAAUUUCACUAUCUACAGAGCAUGGACCCCGAAAUCAUCAUCAACAAGACUGUUAAUGGCACUGUCAUGCAUCUCUGUUACGAGUCAGGAAAUGCCUCUUGCAUAAUGGCAAUAACUCCUUCAACAAUACGUACAUUUUUAUACAUGUUCAUUGGUAGUACUGUUUCUGUUCUGACAAUUAGUGGAAACCUUCUGGUAAUCACUUCUAUCAUUUACUUCAAACAGCUUCACACUCCUACUAACUACCUCAUACUCUCUCUGGCUGUGGCUGACCUGCUUGUAGGGGCUUUAGUUCUGCAGUUCAACAUGGCACUGUCUGUAAAGUCAUGUUUGUAUUUUGGGGACUUGGUUUAUCGAUAUUAUGCAGUGUGUCAGCCUCUGACUUAUAGAACUAAGAUAAAUGGAUGUGUUGUUGUGAUCAUGAUCCUGGUGAGCUGGACUGUCUCUGCUCUGUCUGGAUUUAGUAUCAUGUUUGUAGGACUGAAACAUAGUGUCUGUGAGGGAAGGUGUUUUUUAUUCCACAUUCCAAAUUCAAAUAUAGUUGGCUCUGUUGUCUCAUUUUACCUUCCAGUGAUCAUAAUGCUCUGUAUCUACCUCAGGAUUUUCCUUGUGGCACAGAGACAGGCUCGCAGCAUCCACAACACAAACUGUCAGAGCUCAAAGUCUGGAGCAACUGUCAGUAAGACGGAGAGAAAGGCUACCAAAACUCUGGCUACUGUUCUGGGAGCUUUUCUGAUCUGCUGGACUCCUUUUUUUCUUUCUUUAACAUUUAAUCCUAUGACAGAUUAUUCAGUCCCUUCACCUCUGUCUGAAACUCUUGUUUGGCUUGGAUGGUCCAAUUCAAUGCUUAAUCCACUGGUUUAUGCCUUCUUUUACAGCUGGUUCAGAGCAGCUUUCAGAAUGAUAAUUUCUGGAAAAAUAUUUAAUGGCAAUUUCAAAAACUCAAAACUGUUAUGA